GGAAUCAUCAGUCGUCAUCGAUUUGCCGCGCAUAUCGCCCGAAGCGCGUACGCAUAAGGGUAAUAGAGCGCAGCAUUGCUGCAGAGACAGCGCGCGCAGCGCAGCGAGACCGCUGCUGCGCCCUGCGAAGUCAAGGUUAGCCUGGCGAAAAAAGGCGCCAGCACGCGAACAGGCCGCGCAACACGCACGCCGACGCCAGAAUGCCUAACGACCUCGAAGCCGAACGCAAGGCCCUCGCGAAACAACGACGAGAAAUCGAACGCGAGCGCGAAGCCCUGAAGAGGGAGCGCCGCGACCUCGAUCGAGACAAGGACAAAAAGAAGAAGAAAAAGCGCAGCCGUCAUGAUGAUGAUGAACCAAGGAAACGCCACCGCUCCGAAGCGGCACCGUUACCUUCAUUAGCAACGUACGCGCCGCCUCAGCUAUAUAGAGAUCAAGUCCAAAGCACGAACUUCCAGCAAGCAUUGCAGCGGUUCACACAGCCACCACCCGUAGCACAAAAGUUCGGCGGCCACGAGCAAGCCAAUUAUUUAAGAUGCGGCGUCUGCGGCGCCGACUGCUCCGGAGAAGCUGCGUUCAAGCAACACAUCGCGUCCAAGAAACACCGGAACCGUUCGCGAGGUCUGGGCUUCGCGGGCCUGGCGCCGAACGCGGCGGGCGCGAUCCCUCCGCUCAAGGAUCCCGAAUUACGCAGAGCUGCUUUGCAGUACGGGCACGAUCCGGAUUCCAGUAAAGCUCCUAGCGUGUCUGCACCUACAUCUACGAAAAAAAAUGUAGUAAGUGGACCCUGGGCGCCGCCCACAACCUUUGUGCGGGUCGAAGGGAGUGCUCUACUGAGAGCCAAGGCGGCCGUCGAGUCGAUAGGUGAUGAUGUUGGCUCGUCUUCUGGUGAUGAACAAGUGCGCCAGCGCUCCCACCAGAAGAACGUGGCGAAGGUUCCGGCGAAAGCUUUGAGCGAGCCCCUGAGAGAUGUUAGACGCUCCUUGCCGGUCUUCGAGCACCGGAGCGGUUUACUGGAGGCUCUUGCCUCAUUGACGUCCGAAGCGCCUUGUUUAGUCGUAGAAGGCGAGACGGGCAGCGGCAAGUCCACGCAGGUGCCCCAGUACAUCCUCGAGGAGGCUUGUGCUACCGGCAAAGCUGUGGAUGUAGUGGUAACUCAACCUAGACGCAUAGCAGCAAUAGGUGUGGCUGAUAGAAUAGCUAACGAGAGAGGAGAGCAGUGCGGCGACGUCGUUGGUUAUGCCAUCAAGGGCGAAGCGCGACUCUCCCCCAGAACAGCGUUGACGCUAUGCACGACGGGCGUCGCGCUCCGAAGACUCCAAGAAGAUGGCUUAGAAGGCGUCACUCACGUUAUUGUAGAUGAGGUCCACGAACGGUCGCUGGAGUCCGACUUUUUACUGUUAGCUCUCGCGCAAUUACUCAAAACGAGAACAGACUUACGAAUCGUAUUGAUGAGCGCGACGAUGCCGGGGGAAGCCGUGCAGAAGUACUUUGGGUCCAAGUGCCCCUCGGUCCGGUUUCCUGGUAGAGCUUAUCCGGUCCACGCUCUUUACUUGGAAGAGGCUUUAUCUGUUACGAGACAUGUGGUGCACCCUGCUAGAGACUGGCAUAAAUCAUCAGCUAAAUCAGAAAGAAUCCAGAAACGGUUAGCUGAUGUGGAACGGAACGGCGGCCUCAAGAACCUCCAGUUGCUCCCGAGAGAUCCGCACGAGUGUCGGAGACGAGGCCUACCCGUCGAUCUGGAUGAGAACAUCCUGAACGUUGAUUUAGUCUGCGACCUCGUCGAGUGGUUCUCGCUGAAAUGUUCUGGAGACGUCGACGUGGCCAUAGCUGAUAGUGAAAGGAGGCAGCCGCCUCGCGCUUCCUCGACGCCGUUGGCUACGUUGGUCUUUGUGGCGGGCGUGCAGGACAUUGACGACGUGUUGCAAGGGUUGAGGAGGUCGGGCCGGUUCGAUCCGAACUGGUUACGGCCUUUACAUGGUUCUUUACCGCCCGAUGAUCAAAGACGGGUCUUCGAGGUCCCGCCUCCCGGUAUUUGUAAGGUAGUAGUCGCGACAAAUGUGGCCGAGACGUCCAUCACGAUCCCUGACGUUGGGUUUGUCGUGGAUGCUGGAAGAGUCAAAGAAGAACGGUACGACCCCCAAAGACACAUGGCGUCGCUCGAUGACGUCUACGUAAGUCGUUCUUCGGCGAAACAGCGACGAGGCCGCGCGGGACGUGUCAGAGAUGGUCUUUGUGUUCAUUUGAUGCCGCGUGUCGCCGUGGAACGGGCCGGGGAGGAAGGUUGUCUCGAGACGCACAGCCAACCGGAGGUCCGGAGAGUGGCGUUGGAUCAAUUAGUAUUGAGAUUGAAAGCCUUGCCGGAAGGCGUCGUGCCAGGAAAGACCGCCGCGGAGGCGUGUGCCGCGUUACCCGAACCCCCUGAUCCUGAAAGUGUCCAAAUCGCCGCGACGUCGUUGAUGAGUAUCGGAGCCUUGGAGAAACUUCCAGAUAAAGAGGACGAAGUGUUAACUGAUUUGGGGGCUGUUUUAGCUCGGUUGCCGGUGGACGCUAGACUAGGGAAGUUGUGUGUGCUCGGGUGCGUAUUUGACGGGUGUCUCGACGCGGCUCUGACCGUUGCGGCCGCUCUAGGUAACAGGUCACCGUUCCUCUCACCGUUGGAACGACGAGAACAGGCCGACGCGUCGAAGCGAGCCUUUUGUGCCUACGACGGCGGUCCCUCCGACUGCGGCCAUUCUGAUCUGUUGUGUAUUCGCAACGCCUAUGAUGCGUACGAGGACGCGGGUCGUAAUAAAUAUGAUUUUGCUCGUGAGAGGUUCCUGGGCAUCAAGACGCUCCAAUUGAUUGGGUUGUUGAAAAGACAAUUACUGGAAGCUCUGGCGCAAGCUGGGUUAGUUAGGAACGCUCCCAGAACGUUACGAGCGAGAGAUGUCGAAUACUUAGGAAAGAGUUAUGGAGACACGGACGGUGUUAGAGCUGCAUUGGCAUCGUAUAGAAGAUCACAGCCGCCGCCACCUCCCUCGGAUGCUGUGGUAGCCUCAUUAGUAUCGGCGGCGCUGUUCCCGCAAGUCGCCUACGUGAAAGCUCCCCUCUCAAAGAAGACGAAGAACCCGUGUUCUCCCGAGAAUUUGAAAUUGGAGAUCCGCGACCCGCGCGGCGUCGAAUCGGAACCGCAGUCGGCGAGCGUGCAUCCUUCUAGUGUUCGUGGUCGGUUGAACGGUUCGCACUGGCCGUCGCCGUACUGUUGUUUCCACGAGAAGGUGCGGACCACGAAAGUCUAUGUGCGGGACGCGACGCCGACGCCGCCGCUCGCGCCCUUCUUGCUCACGGGAAACAACCUGGAGGGCGAGACGACGCUAGUCUUAGAUGGGUGGCUCAAAUGCGUCGUGGAAGGAGGUAGUGUUGUCAGAGACUUCCGCGACGUCGUGUCGAGAAAGGUGUCGGACCUACUCAGUGGGAAAGACCUCGGCAACGACGGCACCGCGUUACUCUCGGGCCUCGAGGCGCUAUCGGCUCUCGAGGCUUCAUCGUUACCGGAGAAGUACAAGCGCCAGCCGCCGCCGCCCAAGAAGAAGGUCGCUCGGAAGAGCGUGAACUCCAAGUGGCGCACGAAGCAGCGCCAGGCGCGGCGCCGGUCGCACUACGUGAGCGGUGGUUCGCACUACGGGCCGUGGUAAUGAUCUGACACGACGCGCCCGCGCCCGGUGUAUGGAAUGUAGAUAAGUACUCAAGUUUACAAGUA